GAUCUAAAUGACAAAUGACAUAAACAUACAGAUGGGAUAUGUUUGGCUUUGAAUAGGAAAUAUGUGAACUUCUAAUGUGUGAUGAGAUCCCAAUUUUGAGAUGUGAUUGAUGAGGACCACCAUUGAAUACUUAUGAUGUCUAUUUAGAAAAAUAGAACUUUAGCAUCAGAGUUUUAGAAAGAGCAAUGGACCAUUUACUAUGAAUUUGAGGCAACUACAUUGUAUAUUACACUUUGCCUUGCUGGCUUGUUUGGCACAUCUUCAAGAAACAUGUGUGUGUGUUUGUCACACAUCACACAAUAUUUAUAUAUAAAAGAAGAUGCUGGUGAUGGCUUGAUUAUGACGAUGAAAAGUGGUUGUGUUUGCUGAGUCUCAUAAGAGAUGGGUGGUGUUGCAUGGACAGAAGAAGAAGAUCAUUUGCUUAAGAAAUGCAUACAACAAUAUGGUGAAGGAAAGUGGCAUCGAGUUCCUCUAUUGGCAGGUCUAAACAGAUGCAGAAAGAGUUGUAGGCUAAGAUGGUUGAACUAUCUCCGUCCUAACAUCAAGAGAGGAAAUUUUGCUGAUGAGGAAGUUGAAAUGAUUGUAAAACUCCACAAAUUAUUAGGCAACAGGUGGUCCCUAAUUGCAGGAAGGCUACCAGGAAGGACAGCCAAUGAUGUGAAAAACUAUUGGAAUUGUCAUCUAAGCAAAAAAGUAAAUGCUCUAGAAGCUGAUCAAGAAGGAUCACAAUUAUCCAAAGAUGUUCAAAUGAUUAGGCCACAACCAAGAAACAUUGGUUCAAGCUCAACAAUGAAGAGAAGAAGCCAAGUAGAGUCACCAAGUGAUCAAGUUCUAGUUGAACAAGAGAGUGACAUAACAAAAUUUGAUGCUAAUGGAAAGAACAAUAUGAUUGAAUCACAACAAGACAUGAUGAUGUAUUCAUGUUUGGACCAACAAGGUAUGUUUGGUGAGUUUCCAAUGGAUUUUCAAUUAGAAGGAUUUGAAGCUAUGGUAAGUGGUGGAGAAGGUAGUAGUAACCAAUGGAAUUGGGAUGAUUUGCUCUUAGAUAUGGAUAUGUAUAAUGACUUUACUUCUUAGAUUAUCAUCCCUUGUUAAUAGGGAAGACAAUGGUACUCUUUAUACCUUGGUUGUGUAUUAAUAUCAAAGUUAAAUGUUUUCCAAGGAAAUGCAUUGUACCUAAAUUGAUCAUGUAUUUUGUAAAUUGAAGUCAUUGCUAAUAAAAUUAACCAAUAAAGUUGGUUUUGUGA